UAUCCGUCAGCAUAGACACUGGGAAAACCAACAUGUCCAGGCUUGUCGUUCAGACUUAAGGACGAAGACUGGAUGGCAUAGUCUGAGUCACUGCAUCUCUCUCUCAGUCCAUCCAUCCCUCUCUCCUUCCAUUCCUCUCUCUCUCUCUCUCUCUCUGUCUCUCUGUCUCUCUGUUGGAGUCAUGAUGCUGUGUUGGGGAAGUACAGCAGCAGGCCAGCUGGGCAUUGGAGACAUGAAGGGACCAGUGUAUGAGCCACGUUGCAGCUGCAUAUUCAGUGGAAGGGGUCUCAAAGAGGUGGCCUGUGGUGGGCAGCAUUCACUGUUUCUCUUACAUGAUGGGAGUGUCUACACAUGUGGUUCCAACAGUUUUGGGCAGCUGGGCCAUGAAAAGGCAGGAUCCACACCAGAGCUAGUGGGGGCGCUGGAUGCUCAGAAGAUCCUGGAUGUGGCAUGUGGAGGAGCACACUCUUUGGCACUGAGUGAGCAGGGCCAGGUGUUUGCCUGGGGAGCCGGGGAGGUGGGGCAGCUAGGCCUCGGCACUGUGGAGGAGGCAGUCAGAGUACCCAGAUUGAUUAAAAAGCUUUGUGAGCAUCGAAUCUCUCAAGUCAUGUGUGGCAACCAGCACUGUAUAGCACUUUCUAAAGAUGGCCAGUUGUUCACAUGGGGACAGAACUCUAGCGGCCAGUUGGGCUUGGGGAAGGAUGAGCCCAGCACGCUUUCCCCACAGCCCCUGAAAUCUCUGUCAGGCAUCCCCCUGGCUCAGAUCAGUGCCGGAGGAGACCACAGCUUUGCCCUGUCUCUCUCUGGAGCUGUUUUUGGCUGGGGCAAGAACAGUGCUGGGCAGUUAGGCCUUAACGACCAGCAAGACCGGGCUGUCCCAUGUCAUAUUAAAUUCCUUCGAUCACAGAAAGUGGUUUACAUCAGCUGUGGGGAGGAGCACACUGCAGCCCUGACAAAGGAUGGGGGGUUGUUUACUUUUGGUAAUGGCUCACGAGGACAGCUGGGUCAUGACUCCACCAACAACGAGACUUUGCCUCGAAGAGUCAUGGAACUGAUGGGAAGUGAAGUGUCGCAAAUUGCCUGUGGAAGACACCACACCUUGGCAUUUGUGCCAUCAUCCGGCCUUGUCUAUGCCUUUGGCUGCAAUGUCCAAGGUCAGUUGGGGACAGGGACAGGGAUUGACUCCAAGUGCCCCUUACCCAUCAAAAGCAUCCUGACCUCCAAUCCAAGGAAUCUCCAAUCCACAGAUCAUUACACCGUUAAAAAAAUCCACAGUGGGGGAGACCACAGCUUCCUGUUGUUCUCAGAUAAUGAGAGCUCUUCUUGUCCAGAGGACUUCCGUAUUAUUAAUACCUCCAAAAGCAUCUCUCUGAUUAAUUACGACAGCUUAAAUAUGUGGAGGAUGAAGCUGACAGACACUGCAGACUCCAACAUUACAAAUGACAUUAUCCCCCUGCUGUCCUCUCCUGCGUGUUGGAAUGCCAGCUUCUUGGACCAAAGUGACGAUGGCCAUUUUAAAACCAACCCCAAAGUCCCAGGCAUCGACCUCAACUCUGUCCGCCUUCUCUUUGAGACCCUGAUGAAACCAGCAUUCUCACGGCUUCUUGAGCAGGCCACAAAAAGUUUUGAGAGUCUGCUGAUUCCGCAGCUGCCGUGCUCACCUCCUGACGUUGAAGCCAUGAGAAUCUACCUGAUCCUGUCCGAGUGCCCCGCCCUUCAGGACUCCAAAAACUACAUCUCUCUCACAAUCCCUCUGGCCAUGGCUAUUCUACGCCUGGAUGCUAACCCCAGCAAAGUGUUAGAUAACUGGUGGUCACUGGUAGAUUGUGCGGCUUUUUCCAGGCUUGUGGAGAUGUACAAAAGCAUUGUGGUGUUUCUGCUCACAAGUGGCAAGGCCCUCCUCAUCCCUGUCUUUCUGGAGAGUUACAUUAGUGCCACACUGAGACUUCUGGAGAAACUGCACAAGGUGAAUUUGAAAGCCCAGCAUGUAGAGUACAACUGUUUCUACAUUCCCGACAUCAGCAGCCUGGUGGACAUUCAGGAGGACUACCUCAAAUGGUUUCUGAGUAAAGCUGAGAUUAAAAUGCGAUCAGCCCCAGUGCAGAGCUCUGUGACUUUAUGUGCCUAUCCAUUCAUACUGAACGCACAAGCCAAGACAACCAUGUUACAGACAGAUGCAGAGCUACAAAUGCAAAUGGCUGUGAGCGGCGCUAACUUGCACAACGUCUUCAUGCUUUUGACGCUGGAACCGUUGCUGGCGCGGAACCCUUUCCUUGUGCUGCACGUUCGAAGGGACCACCUGGUCAGUGACGCUCUGCGGGAGCUCACCGUGUACUCUGACUUGGACCUCAAGAAGCCCCUCAAGGUCAUCUUUGACGGGGAGGAGGCAGUUGAUGCUGGGGGAGUAACUAAGGAGUUCUUCUUACUGCUUCUGAAGGAGCUGAUGGAUCCUGUCUACGGCAUGUUCACCCAGUACUCUGAGUCUAACCUCCUGUGGUUUUCUGACAAGUGUUUUGUGGAACAUAACUGGUUUCAUCUGAUUGGGAUAAUAUGUGGUUUGGCCAUCUACAACUCCACUGUGGUGGACCUGCAUUUUCCCUUGGCCCUCUACAAGAAGCUUCUGAAUGUUUCUCCAACUCUGGAUGAUCUGAAGGAGCUCUCCCCUACAGAGGGCAGGAGUCUACAGCAACUUUUGGACCAUGAAGGCAAUGAUCUAGAGGAGACAUUCUGUCUAAACUUUGCGAUAACCAGAGAACACUAUGGUCUCACUGAGGUAAAAGAACUGGUUCCUGGAGGAGAGAGUAUCACAGUAAAUAAGUCCAACAGGAAGGAGUUUGUCCAGGCGUAUCUGAAGUACGUGUUUAGUGACUCAGUGCUGGAGCUGUACUCGGCUUUCUCCAGUGGAUUUCUCAAAGUGUGUGGAGGGAAGAUUCUCUCUCUGUUCCAGCCGUCAGAGCUCAUGGCCAUGGUGGUCGGAAACAACAACUACAACUGGGAGGAGAUGGAGAAGAAUGCUGUCUACAAAGGGGAGUUUUCAGCCUCUCACCCUACGGUGCGAAUGUUUUGGGAAGUUUUCCAUGAGUUUCCCCUGGAGAAAAAAAAACAGUUCUUAUUGUUUCUGACAGGCAGCGACCGUAUUCCCAUUCACGGCAUGUCCAGCCUGCGGAUUGUGAUUCAGUCCACCUCCGCCGAAGAGCACUACCUCCCUGUGGCUCACACCUGCUACAACCUUCUGGAUAUGCCCCGCUACCAGACCAAAGAGACACUGCGCCGCCGCCUGACCCAGGCCGUGGAGCAGUACGAGGGCUUCAGCCUGGUGUGAAGCCCAGGAAGGUGUCUGGUUAGGUGGAUAGAAGGCACUUGGGGACAGGCUUGGAGUUUACAGGGUGGACGCUCCUCUGGCUACUGACACUGCACUUUAACACCACCCAAGGAGAAUGGGGGAAAGGAGACAGGCCCUUGUCAUACAGUGAUUUUGGGAGGGCAGGGGUCCACAGUUGAGCACAUACUGAUUCUGAUACGAAAAAUAUGUUCUUAUUUUCUUAUUGUUAUUACUGCAUAAAUUAAGUGUUGCUUUAAUUGUGUCCAGGGCACAUAAUUAUCAGAGUUUUUUUUUUCAUCCUGUUUACCUCUACGAAACGUUUUCAAUCCUCAGACAGUCAGGCCGUGAGGGGGAGUCAAGACUUCGUUUAACUUUCAGAUGGCUGCACAUUUAUAUUGUUUUGUGAGUAACAUUGAUUUUUUGGGGGUUUUUUUUGUCUGGUUUUUAAUCACAUUGCUCUGCUUUGGUUUCAACAGCCUAAUUUAUUAAACUGAGUGAUUUUUCUUUGAUCCAUGGGGAAAAAAGAAAUUGAGAGUUUGAGAGAAAAAUGUGAUAAAAAAAAAAAGUCCCUGUCUCACCCUUGAGCCGAAGUGGAUGUUUAAUCGCUAAUGUGGGGACCAUCUGUCCUCGGCUACCACUGCUCGGUCGCAGACGCAGAUAACAAACGAUUACGCCCACGAGUAGGAACAACCUGACAGACGUCCCACGGGGCCCAAACACUGUGUGUUAUGAAGGCCUUUGUUCUGACCCGUGUGACCCUGGCCUGGUUAGUCUGUCCGCUGGACAGAUGAUGCAAAACACUUUUCAGAUUAACAUUAUUGCCUUUAGCACGGACAGACCCUGCUGCAGAAAUAUGAGGGUUUUCCUGUCUCUUAUGAUAUGCAUGCAAAUGUGAUGUGAAAAGUGAGAGCCCAGUCUGCUUGAAUUUUCAUUAUACUGCACAAAUUAAUAUAUAUUUGGUAAAACCCAAACAAUUCAUCCAUUGCUGAGGAACCCAAACAGUUUCCUCUGUAAAACUACAAAAGCUCAGAUAUGAACUGCAUAGCAUAGCAAAUGACAUGAAAAUACUGUAGUUAUUGACUUUAGUACCCAGCUAACCCAAUAAGAGAAUAAUGUGUCACAAGAUGAAGUUCUUUCCUGUAAUUUUUUGUUCAAGGAAUAAUUUUAGUAACGUAGACAUGAAGAGAUGGUCAUUUAUAACUAGUGUUUAUUGGGUGCAGGUUGUUCCAACACAGUGACUUAUUUUGUGGAGUAAUUAUUAUAAUUACAGUUCCCAUUCAGAAGUCUGUGGUUAGAAUCUGACCACCGUCCUCAAUCACUUUGACUCAGUGUUUUCUUCUUUUGCUUUUCUCUCUCUCUAUCUUCCAUCAGGGAAGGUGAAUGUUGCAAGUUCAAAGGACUUUGGAGAAUUUCUCUCACUGAAAGCGCAUUUUCCUUAUUCUGUCAAAGCUUUUGUUUUGCACAUUAGUAUACAUCUGUCAUUGUGUAUUCAUUCAGAAGGAUUCGCUUAUGGUCCUUCUAUAGCCCUUGUAGUGGCAUGUGUCUCCCAGUAAAGGAAGAGACUGGGAACAUGAGAGGUUUGUUCAUUAAUUCAUUGCGAGAGAAAAUUAAUAAGAACCUUUUGUUUUUCUCUGUGUGUGCAAACAAGGGCUUCUUAAUGGCUUUUACCGCAUUAUUUUAGUAAAGUAUGUUUACUUUUAUACCUUUCAAAUGGAAUACAUUAUCUAUUUUUUUCCAGAACAAA